AUGAAUUCGACGGAUGUAUUCGAUUCCAAGAAUAUACCAUUUGCCGCUGGAUAUGCAAAGUCAUCGCGGGCCUUUUGUAAGGGGUGCAAAAGUACCAUUGGACAGGACAGCCUUCGUAUGUCUGUUCGAGAGCCAAGCAGGUUCUUCGAUGGUAUGCAGGACAACUGGUUUCAUCAUGCUUGCUUUUGGAAAAGACUCAAGCCGGGGAAAACUCAGAUAAAUGAAAGAUCGAUUCGAGGCAUGGAUAUGCUAAAAUGGGAUGAUCAGGAGAAAAUUCGUGAGAAGAUUAAUGCCUUCAUGAAUUACAGUAAUAGCGAUGCACCGCCUAUGGAUUCAUCAUUUUCUUCAAUAAAAGUCGAAUACGCCAAAACCAACAGAGGCAAAUGUUCCCGCUGCAAAGAGAUCAUUCCUAUCAAAGAAAUAAAAUUUGGAUUGCGUUCGAAUUGGUAUCAUCAGAAAUGCCUGUUUCUUAACGUGGUCUUUGGAGGACAUGUAGAUGAAAUGAAUGGUUUUUGUUAUCUCUCAGAAGAGGAUCAGGAGAAAUUGCUGGAAGCACUGAAGGACUUCACGGUGCCAUAUCUAGAUAAUGAGGAUGAGGGUAUGGAAGAACAUGGCGAUGGAGGCAAGGAAAAUAUCAAAGAGAGCACGAAAAGGCAGAACGAAUCUAAGAGUGCUGGUGAUGCUCCUUCAAAGAAACAAAGAAAAGUUUCUCCUGAGAUGUCCAAUAGGGAAAUGCUUAAGAUGCAAUCUAAUCUAUUGUGGGAAACACACAAGAAUAUUAAGGACAAUCUAACGAAGAAUGAAAUGGUGGAAAUGCUCGCUGAGAAUUCCCAGAAAGCCCCAACUGGUGAUAGGCUCAUAAAUCAUCUUGUCGACUGUGUAGUUUUUGGCGUAUGCUUGCCGUGUCCGAAAUGUGGAGGUCAGCUAAGCUACAGUUCGUCUUCGAGAACCUAUAUAUGCGACGGACAGAUUUCGGAAUAUACCAAGUGCACGCAUCACGACAAAAAUCCAGAGCGGAAGAAAUUCGUGAUCCCGAAACAUCUGAUGAAGGAGAAUGAUUACAUCAAAAAGCUCAAAGUUAAUCUGCUGAAGAACCGUGUGUACAAUGAAGCAGUUGCCAAUGAGACUAUUGUGAGUCACUCCGAUCAAUUUAAAUACCUUGGAUCGCGUGGAAUGACUUCAUCUGAAGAGAAAGGUGAUACGGAAGGGAAGAGUAUCGGAGUGGGUUCGGGAAUAUCACAACAACUGGUAAAAGGAGGCACUGUUGUUGAUCAAGAAUGUGAAUAUGCGCAGGUGUCCCAUGUUCAUCGUGGGAAAAAUGGUGUUUUGUACUCAGUAGUUUUGGGCAGCGUUGACAUGCAGACGAACAGGAACUCUUACUACAAAAUACAACUGCUUAAACACGACCAUAAGCCAACAUUCUACGUGUUCCGUUCUUGGGGUCGUGUUGGAACUAUGAUUGGAGGUACACGAACGGAAAUGUUCCGCAAUGAAGAAAACGCUGUAGAAGCCUUUGAACACCUAUUUUUGGAAAAAUCUGGUAAUGAAUGGGAAAACAAGGACAAUUUCAAGAAAGUGCCAGGCCGCUUGGGUUUCGUGGAUACCGAUUUUACUGCACAGGGGGAACCGAAAGUUUCGUCUGUCACCCCUGGUUCGUUGAGCAAACUUCAUCCUGUCAUCAAAGACCUGAUGCUUAUGAUCUUUGACAUGGAAGAAAUGAAAACUCAAAUGCUUGGUUUUCAACUCGAUUUAGAUAAGAUGCCACUCGGUAGACUCUCGAGGAAGCAGAUAACCAAUGCGUAUGCAGUAUUAACGGAAUUGCAAACGAUAAUGUCGAAGAAAUUGGACGCGGAUAAAAUUCUUGAUGCUUCGAACCGUUUCUACACUCUUAUUCCACACAACUUUGGGAUGAAGAAACCACCGCUAUUGCAGUCCGCCGAUUUAAUUAAAGAAAAAUGUGCUAUGCUGGAUUCGUUAUUGGAGAUUCAAAUCGCAUACCAGGUUAUCAAACAAGAAGAGGGAGAAGAAGCAGAGGAUCGCGAUCCUGUGGAUGUACAUUAUGAGAAACUCAAAUGCAAAAUGGAGGUUGUUGAACACGAUUCGCCUGAGUUCAACACUAUUAAAACGUACAUGGUAAACACUCAUGGAGCUACACAUACUAUGUUCGAUCUCGAUAUUGUAGAUAUCAUUCGCGUUGAUCGUACAGGCGAAGAGGAGAAGUUCAAAGUCAAUCUCGGGAACCGGAUGCUUCUGUGGCAUGGUUCAGCUACGGCUAACUAUGGUGGAAUCCUGUCGCAAGGACUUCGUAUAGCACCUCCGGAAGCGCCUGCGACUGGUUACAUGUUUGGCAAAGGAGUGUACUUUGCUGAUAUGGCUUCAAAAUCCGCGAACUAUUGCAAGGUUUUCAAAAAUGAUGCUGACGGAUUGUUGUUGUUAUGUGAUGUGGCUCUUGGCAAUGUCAAACAUGAGCUCGAUGCAAAGGAAUACACGUUGAAGAAGCUUAAAAGUUUCAACAGUGUGCAGGGACUCGGGAAAACUGAGCCGAAUCCCAGCGAGGCUAUUAAGUCAGAAGAAGGCUACACAAUACCGCUUGGGAAACCGGUGGAUGCCAAUCAGGAUAAGAAAUGCACACUCCUCUACAACGAAUUCAUUGUCUAUGAUGUGAAUCAGAUAAGGAUCAGAUAUGUUGUGAGAACCAAAUUCAAGAUGAACAUGAUGUGA